GAACGGAACAUACGGCCGCCAUUUUGAAACGCAUGCGCGCUCGGCCCCGCCUACGUCAUGUUGCAUAGUUUAGUGGUGUCCUGUUACGAAGCCGAUUAUAACGAAGCUUAUCAUUUCUGAAACGAAUACGAGAAAAAGUAAAACAAUUGGAUCAUUUAACUUCGGGAAAAUACUCUGCAACUUCGUGUAAAUAGAUAACCACAUGUGAGACAACAAAAUUAGAAAAUAACCUAUCGCGCAAGAUGGAAAGGAUAUUCAAUGUAUUUACCGACAGAAAAAUAACUCCCUGUAAAUAAUUGGUGCAUCACUACAACUGUCAGCUGUAAAUCGUGUAAAUGUCAAAAUUGACAGUAUAUGACAGUUUACUUUGCGCACGUGUUUAUGUUCAACGCUGUAUUGUUUCUGUGAAAUAACUGAAAUUAUCGGAUUAAUUGCGGGGGAACAAUCCUAUAAUAAAUAGAAAUGGUAAUACACGAAGAAAGCGAGUGUCCAGUUGAAAUAGCGGUGAUAAGGAAACCUGAAAUCCUGGAGCCGAAAAAGUAUCUUAUGAUCAACAACCACAUCCGAGAACUCAUCAACAAAGAGGACAGCCCUUCAGAUGCCUCCUCUAGCGACCAACUAUUAGAAGAAGAAGGAAACGAAGACAGUAAAAAGCGCGGUAGGACGUCCUCAAAGAAAUCGAAGAAAAGAAAAACUGAUUCUGAAGAUAACACAAAAGUUAACGAAAUUAGUGAGAGUGAUUUAACAGAACUUCGUACUGUUUACCAAAACUGUUUGGCCGUUAUCAAUAAAAUUGAGGUCAAGUAUGGGCAUCUACUGAAUAUUGAUAGACCGGGCUAUAGUAGAUUGCAAUAUGGAUAUAAUUGUGACGGAGGUCAGAGAUACAAUGAAUGCCACUGUACCAAGAACAAAAAGAUUGUGUUUGAUGAUGACGGCCAACAACAUACACAGGAAAUUGAAGACCACAUAUGUCCUCCGAUGCCUAAGAAGUAUGCAAAACCAGCGGAGUGUAGUGUAACUACAGAUAGUGAAGAUUACAACUUAUCCUUACCGGACGAUUUGCCGAGCUUAGCGAAGUUGCUUCAGAACCCAGAAUUAAAUCAUCGAAAUAAAGUUAUAGACAAAAUAAAGAGCAUAAAACAAGAUCAUUUGAAUGAGCUGAGAUUUAACCGGCCAGCUAUAAUACAAGCUAUUAAGCGAGAUCCAGAUGAGGUGUUAGGGUUCACAGGGGUUAAUUUUGCUUCCUUGCCUGGGUAUUUAUAA